AUUGAGGUGUUGCAGUUUCCUGCAAUGUGGCUCUUUGAAACAACCAGUGUGAUAAUGGCGAUUACUCUCACGUUGCCAGGUUUUUGUGAGUGUAAUUGGGAGGUGACUUUCAACAAUACAACACCAUGUGCCUUAAGAGGGUCAUCUGUGGUGUUUGGAUGUAGUUAUGUCUACCCCUCAGACCAGACUAUAACAAACACCUUCUGGAAGUUCAAGUCUCAAAAUGAGGACAAGAAUUUCUUUGAGGCCCAGCAAUAUGGAGGACGUGUAGAAUACCUUGGAAAUAGAGAACACAACUGCACCUUGAGAAUUAAUAACCUAAUUAGUAGUGAUGCAAAUUCAUACCUCUUCAGAUUUAAGACAGUUAACAAUGGUGGCAAACCAGAUGCAUGGAACAGUAAAACAUGGGUUACACUAACUCUGACAGGGCUGACAGCUGUAGUAAAACCUGCCACUGUAAGAGAGGGAGAGAAGGUGACACUAAUGUGUGCCACAACCUGUACACUGAGUGACCAUACCACUAUUGUCUGGUUCAGGGAUGGACACUCAGUACCCAACACAGAGUUCCUGGCCAGCAUUGAGGAUUCUGGUAGAUACCAAUGUACUGUUCAAGGUCAAGAUAAUCUAACCUCUACUCCAGUGUCUCUUGAUGUCCAAUAUGCUCCAAAGAAUGUCACAUUGUCAGUCAGUCCAUCUGGAGAUGUUGUUAAGGGUAUCUCAGUCACUCUCACCUGCAGCUGCAGUGCAAACCCUACUGUGUUGAGCUACAUCCUGUAUAAGGAGAGUGGACAGCCCCUUACAACUCUAACACCAGCACAGAGUCACACCAUUCAUAACAUCCAUCCAGGGGACAGUGGAGGAUACUACUGUGAUGCCAGAAACAGUAUCAACACAGUCAGAUCUAAUGUAACUACCCUCAAUGUUCAGUACCCUCCUGAGGACAUCUCAGUAACAGUCAGUCCCUCUGGUCCAGUGGUAGAGGGCAGCUUUGUGAAUCUAACCUGCAGCAGCCAUGCUAAUCCAGCAGUGAGCUACAGCUGGUACAGAGUCAAUGGGAGCACCCCUGUCCAGUCAGGGACUCAGUUGUUAUUUGAGGCUGUCUCUCCUGCUAACUCAGGGAGGUAUUACUGUGAGGCAUGGAACAAACAUGGAGUCCUCAACUCAUCACUCCUGUUUCUUGAUGUUCUGUAUGCCCCAAGGAACACCUUGGUGUCAGUCAGUCCCUCUGGUCCAGUGUUAGAGAGAAGCUCUGUGAAUCUGACCUGCAGUAGCCAUGCCAACCCAGCAGUGGAGAACUACACCUGGUUUAAGAAGGAUGGAGCAGACACCUCACAGACAGGGUCAGGAGAAAUAUUGAGAUUGACCUCUCUAAUCUCAUCUGACAGUGGACAGUACUUCUGUGAGGCCAGGAACAGAGAAGGGGCUCACAACUCUACUGUGGUUCCUCUGACCAUACAGGGUGCCAAUCAUGCUACAAAUACUGUCCAAAUGCUAGUUUACAUUGGUUCCGCGCCCACAGCUUUCAUGGUGAUCAUUACUCUUGUGUUCCUAUGGAUGUGGAAGAGCCCGUUCAAAUUAUGUCAAAAGACUGCUGUGGACAAAAAGGACGAUCAAAACCCAGUCUUAUCCAGUAGAAGGACCAGUAAUGACCCAGCCACACAGGAAACUAGAACGGAGGAACAGGAACAUGCCCUCUAUGCCAACGUUCAACUGCCUCCCUCUCACACCCACCACCAAGACAGUUCUAUGUACUCUGUGGUCCAGCCACCACCUCCGCAGAACCCUCCAGACCCUCAUUACGCUACCUUUGACUUCCAGCAGUUCCACAGCUCCAUCGACAGAGCCCAAUUCUCCAGACCCCAUGGAGAGGAUGAUGUUAUAUACUCCAUGGUGAAAGCCAGACAGGCCAAUGUGGCAGACAACCUCCAGUAUGCCAGCAUCCAGUUCCCCCUCCCCAGUCCUACUGCCAGGCCAGAAGAAAGUUUAGAGGCGGACCAUUCUGUUAUCUACUCCACUGUUGCCAAACCUGAAGCCUGAAAAUAUCCUUUCAUAAUGUUGAAUAAACUAAGCAGCAUUGGAACGCAAGUUAAGAUAUGUAAAGUAUGCAAUUAAUAAGUAGUUAUGGUAAUAGAUGUAUAUGUCUUGUACUGUACUUGUAAUGUAUGUGUCUCAGGUGUGACGAUGAGUUUCCGUUGCUUGUGCAUGCUUCUAUCUUCCUAAUUGAAUGAUUGCACCUGUAAUUUCAUUGGUUGACUGUUUCUUUUUUUGUUUGAGGUGCGGCCGCCCAGGGAAAGGUGCUGGUAAGAGGGAAGUGGCCAUGUGUCUGGUUUAGUUUGUAACUAUCUGACUAAGUUUGAGAGAAUAUUGUUGAUUUAUCUUGAAUGGAAGUUGAAUUAAAGUUUUGUUAGAUCUUCCCUCGACUGCACCAGAACCUGUAUUUUUUGUUGUUUAGUUUGCUUUAUUGAUUAUGUACUGUUAUGACCUCCUUUUUGACCAGGCUGAGAGAGUCUCAGUAAUUCAAUUUGUAUUCACUAGUGGAGGAUUAAAAA